CAGUGUAAGAUUACUAAAGAUAAUAAAGAAAUACGUCCUCGGUGUAUCCCAACUCUACAUUACUAGAUUUGUGGUGAUAUUAAACAGCUAGGUAGUUGAGGGUGUGUUAACUGACAAUGAGAAAAACAUGACAUUUAUAUUACUUUGCAAGCUGACCCCAAAUAAACUUUUAAUAUUUUGUUAUUUUCUAGUCAAUCGUGAAAAUCUAAGGCGAGAAAAGGAAUUUGCUAUCGAUUAAACUUAAUCUGAAAUCAUAGAUGAAUAUUUUUAAAAAUUAAUAUUUCUCGAUUUUAGGGAAAUUCACAGUCUGGGUCACAAGGUGAGAGAUAGACUAUGAAUCCAGAUGUAUCUAACAGUAUUGUUCAGCUAUGAUACAUAUGCUUUUCCUUUGGUUGGACAUGUGGUCUUUUACAGUGAUGCUUGUCCAAAUACAAUAAAAGCAAUCUAAUGCAGUGCAAUGAGGAAUUGCACAUACUUUACUAUAUAUCGGUGAGACUAAACAAUCCUCUAACAGGCGCAUGGCCCAGCACAGGGGGAGCAAUUCCUCAGGUCAAGGGUUUGCCUGAGGGAUGAGGAACACUCCUUUGAGGACAACAACAUACAUAUUUUGGAUAAUGAGUACAGAUGGUUUAAAAGAGGGGUGAAGGACGUCGUCUACAUUAAAGUAGAGAAACCAUCUCUCAGCAGAGAACGAUACCUAUGAUACCUCAUAUCCCCCACCUACGACGUUUUCCUUUCAUCUCUUGCCUGUGUGAGAAACAUUAUCAUCAAUGGACUUGAUAACGACCCCACAGACGUCAAACACCUGGGAGCCUCCCCCAGUCAGUCAGAACUGAAGAGGCCUCUUGAAUGAGAGGUGACUGCGGGUACAACGAAGACCAUCUGGUUGACCUGGAUGACUGAGAGUCUUAACAGAAUACUUUAUUCACACAUUUUUUGUCUCCAUGAAUCAGCUCCUGAGUAAAUCCCUUAAAAUCUAGUAGUUUUGAAUCUAUGGCAUUUAAAUUAUUACCGGUAACUAAUACAGAUUUAAUGUAGAUAUGAAUGAUAUGUAGAGGAGGUUUGAGUUUACAGUGAAAAAUCCUCUUAUUUUUAGAUUUGUUGCAUUCCUGUACAAAGUACAAACAGUGGAAUAAGUUGUAAUUAUGGACACCAUAAUUUAAAAAAAAAAAAAAAAAAUGAAAGGAGACAGGAAUAGAGUUUAUCCAGCAGGGCCAGUAGAGUGUAGCCUCACAUGACUUUUCUGGUACAGUACAUGAAAGAGCUCAGUCAGCAGAGCAAGACAAGUACUUCCUCAUAAACCACAUCCUUCCUUGUCAGUCAGCAAACAAAAAACUAAAACGUGUCUUCAUCUCUCUCCUCCUCCUCUCUCUCUCUUUCUCUCUCUCCCUUCUUCUGCCUGUGUCUAAUACCUGCAUUGGGACAUUAAUACAUGUAGGCCCUCUCACACAUGCACGUGCAAAUACUCUGGGUUGCUGCUGGGUUUCACACAGUAUUUCAGACCAGCAGUGAGGACUGACUUGGUAGCCCUAACUCUGCAGGUAGACUUUGAGUUUCUAUAAUAAGCUGGUGUGAUGCCACGUAAAAAAAAUACUCUGUGUUUAUUACCUGUUUACUGCAUCACAAUAACGCAAACAUGUUCCGGGCAAAGACUUCUCUGAAGUGCUAAUCAAACAUACUAAUCCUUACGGUCAAGCAACAUUAAUAGUGAAACCUCAAGAUAAGCAUGACCAGGUUUGCUCUAAGUCAGUUCAGAGUGAUUUUGUUGCUCAGUCAUCUCUCGUCCAGUCAUCGCGGUACUCUGUUUGAGUGUUGCUGCUCCCAGAGAGCCUCAGAGGCAGUCCCUUUAAGAGGUAGCUUCCUCAACCAUAGGGCUCAUUUCAUAGUUGACAGGAGGUCACGUGUUGUGGCCUACUUUCUGUGAAAACGGAGCUCAAGCAGAGUGUAACACAGUGGUGAGAGGAGCAUAACAUGACAGUGGAGCAGAGGCACAUUAACCUCUCAUCCCUAUUAUUCAGUUUAUGACAUGAAUGUUUAAGAAGUCCAUAUGGUUAAGACUUAAAAACAAAGACACUGGCAGUCAGUUUUUUUAGGAAGUAGUCACAAGAUUUACUGCUUUUGUGUUUGGGGAAGACCUGUGCACUAAUGCAAAUUAGUUGGUUGUUGCUAAUUAACUCAAAAAGUUCUCACAACUACAAAGUUUACACUGUAAUAAAAGGAAUUUCUCAGAAACUCAUCAUUCUGUUUGUCACUUAGAUCCUCUCUGGACAAUUCAGUUUGUUGUAAUUCUAAUUAAAGUGACCCUAAACAAUUACAAAAGAUGUGAGGAAAUACCAAUAUGUCAUAUAAAGUUAGUGACUCUAGUGACUUAUAUCUUGACAUUUGUAUUUUCAUACUCAUAAAAAGAUGACUAAUGUCACUUUUUAAUAAAGAACUUUGGUCUUAUCUGAGUAGCUCUUCAACAUAAUGUCAGUUCUUGGAAUAAUAUUUAUCUCCCCAACAACUCUAUGUAAGAGCAACAGGAUGUUUUGGAGUUAAAUGAGUGAUAUGUGAUAUUUUACUAAAAUGACUUCGUCACCCGACUAUCAAGAAGGAGAGAGAGAGAGAGGGACAGAUGUGAGAAAGAGAGAGAGAGAGAGAGAGAGAGAGAGAGUUAGAUCGUUUGGAGCCAAAAGGUUGAUUUUUGAAUGAAACGAGAGAGAUAGUGCCUGCAUGUGGAAAAAAGUGGAGGCUGGAGGAUGGCAUGUUUUCAUGCACCGAGCCAAGGGGUCUCAGUGAAGACAGAGACAGGAUGAGAGAGCAGGCACGAGCUUUCAAAGGCAACAUGUUACUCUCACAAUGAGUCAUCGCUUACAUUUUGUGAAUAAUCCUUGACACACUUCAGGUCCCCUGUUCAGUCUCACACUCAGAGGGUCCCAGGUUACAUCUCCUCACCUUCUCCUUCACUAUGCGCCCACUUUGUUAUAUUGCCUUUACUCUCCUGUGCAGUCUCUCUUUCCUCUCCUCCGAGCCUUCCAUACAAUGCAAUAAGACACAAUAUGCCUGGCCAUUGGAUGCGCCCAAGUUUUGCUGUGACAAGUGUCCGCCAGGUAAAAGCAUGGAAACACGUCCACUUGACUCGUGUAAGAUUAAGUGUGAGCCUUGCGAGGGGGACCGAUAUAUUAACUUUCACAACGUGGAGCUGAACUGCAAGAUUUGCACAAAUUGCAAUAAAACAAAUAUGGAGUAUAAGUCACCCUGUAAUGCCACUCAUGACGCUGUGUGCAGAUGUAAACCUGGCUAUGGAUGCACAGACCAGUCCUGCACACAGUGCGUGCCGAUACCAGACACCACUCCUCCAUCCACUCCAACCUCCACAACACCACAGGCACCCACAGAGCCAAUCAAAGAUACGAUGUGGUUCCUGGUGAUCAUUGCCCUCCUGUGUGCAGUUUGUGCACUUGUUGUUGUAACAAAAAUCAAGCCCUUUCUGCACUGGAUCAGGUCCAAGCUUGCCGAAAAACCAGCACUAACUCCUUCAUACUCUGGGGACGAUGAUGUAUCCAAGCCUGUCCAGGAAGUGUGUGGGAAAUGUGACCAACUUAUUGACAUAUGAGUUAAACACCAGACGGGUGUUGAACUUGGCCUGAACAUGGAUUAGCAAGAAUUUUGACUGGGGGACACACAGAUCCAAUGCAAAACAUCUUUUGUUGCUUUGGACAUUUCACGACUUGUGGGACCAAACAUUGCUCCAGUCUGUGCUGGCGAAUGGAACCGCAGAGGAUGUACUUUAUGUAUGAAGAGUGAUACAGUUUCCAGAGAGGAAACAUGACUGUUUGACAUCUGUGACGUUAAGGUGAUAAAAGUGUAUAAAACAUAGAGAUAAAGAAUGAGGAAGAAAGCACAGAGAAAAUACAGAGUGGGAUACUAUGACGUCCAUGGGUUAGAAAUUGUGCACUGUGUUGCUAAAAGGUGGUAUGUACUGUAGUACACAUAGUAGUCAAAGAUACUUCACAUCUUUACAUUUAUAUGUGUAUAUAUAUAAAUAGACUUUUUGCAGCAGUUUAAAAUGUUUUGUAAUAACUUCCAUGCAUUUCUACUUAGUUUUCUUUAUUCAAAUUAAAAUUUUUAUUGUAAUUAA